CGCGCGGGGGGGAGGGAGAAGGGGCGCGCGAGGAUGCUCUGAGCCCGGACGUUGGCUGCUGCUCCUCAGACUCUCCAAGGAGGUAGCGAUGGAGACGGGAUGAACCUGGCGGGGAGUUUUUUCAGAGGAAAGCGUCUCUGGGGUGUCGUUACCCGGCGGCAUCAUCUCCAGAACCUUCUAUUUGGGGGCCGGAGGUAAAACGUGCCACCAUACCGUCGAUGCCUGAGGAUUAUGGACCCUGCUUAGACAGCUGCUUAGUUUCUCCUCCUCUCUAUUGUAGCUAACCUGAUUAAUCGCUUAUUCGUGGUUUUAUCAUAAUGCUGAAAUAAGCUCUCUGCCGACGGGAAGAAUGUUGCUGCGUGUCUCUGUCGUGUUCGGGGCUGACACAUGCGCGUACGGAGUCGCAAACACGCACACAGGCUUCGCUUCUCAGCCAAAAUGAUACAUUAUUUGGUUAAACGUUUUUUCGUGUUUCGCUCUAUUGCGCAUGCCUGGUGUUAGAGGCAGAAAGCUGCCGGACGCCACUCGGUUUAGUCCCGGCCGUCAUGUAGCCGCAAACAGAAAAGUAGGAGCGGAGGGGCUGCUGAAUCCAAAAAUGUUCUGGCAAAGUGGGAUCGUGGCGAGCAAAGGAUUUGACUAGAGAUCCUCCACGACACAGACUGUGCCACAAACUGAAGAAUGUCAGGGACACCCAAUGCGGAGGCUGAAGGAGUAGUCUCCAAAGUAAAAGUGAAAAAGGAGAUCAAGACAAUCGUGGAGAAUUUGGAAACCAUCCUGGGAGAUCUUAAGGACGUCGCCAAAGAGCUGAAAGAGGUUGUUCAUGACAUUGACACCCUUACUAGUGACCUGCAGCUGGAGGAGGACGGAAUGACCGACAGCUCUAAGACAGACACGCUAAACUCCAGCUCCAGCUCCACCACCACCACCACUACAGCAUCCAGCCUGGAGAGGAUGAAGAUCUUCCCCGAUGACUGCUUCUUUAAAACCCAGGUGCCCCUCAGUCCCGUGACCCCUUCUUCAGUGCUGACUGUACUGAAGAAGCCCCACCCGCCCCUGCCACCGCCGAGGGUUACUCCACUGAGAUCAGAAGAUCACAACAUUAAGAAUCUGCCUCAUCCAACUUUGGUCUUGUCAGGGAAUAUAUCCAAGGCUAACGGGACUUUAAUGAGGAAUGGUGGGGUUUUCCCCCUGAAAUCAAGCAAGGAUUUAUUCUCCUCCACGCCGUGCUUCAUUUCUGGAGAGAGUGAGAUGGCUGAAUCGGGUCUUGUUCCUACUUUGCCCAGACCCAUGCCGCUUCUCCGCCAUGACAAAAACAAAUGUCCCAAGGCUCCUGGCAGGGAAUCCAGAGAGAGAGUCCGUUUUAGCGAGAAGGUCCAGUAUCACGGCUACUGCCCAGACUGUGACCUCCAGUAUGAUGUGGAUGACACAGAACUACACUUACAGGCUGAGCUGAACGACUUAAGGCUCAGCCCUGUCCACUGCUGCUCCUCCUCCCCUCCUCCUUCUCAUGCUUUCCCUCAUCAGCUAAUGUUGGAAAACGGAGGGCUCUCGGUCAGCCACAGUUUCCCACCGACAACAAACACUCCGCCUUGUGUGCCUCCUCACACGCCCUCUCUAAAGCCCCAAAAAACAAUCCUACGUAAAUCAACGACCACCACGGUUUGACGCCAAACAUCUCUGCUAUGUGUUCAGUUAAAAAUCCUCCAGAAAUUCAUAGUGUUUUCUACUCCACGUGAACUUUGGAUUAUCCAAACAGAGAGCAGAGGGGUUGGGGAACAGCAAACAGAAGGAUGGAUGAAGUAGGUGGAAUGAGGAGAAACGCGUUGCCACGGGCGCUGGGGUGUGAACAGCAAGAUCAGGAAGAAGCGGGCCCACUGAGAUUCUUGAGCUUCGAGAGGAGGGAUCCUUGCGCCGCACUCUAAUCGACCCUGGUUGAUCAGGGAGAGAGAAGCCAGAGCUGAGCCCAAACAUCAGCCUUCUUUUUAUUGAAAGCGCUAAUGGCGCUUAGCCGACAGGAGACGAUACCUUACUUUGAGCACUAAACAACUUUUCUGGCACAGCUGUGCUAGGCAGCGUGACUGUCCAACAGGCAACACAUAUACAUGAGCAAACAGAUGACUUCGUAGUUGUGUUUGUUCGUAUCAACGAUUACUUUAAAAAUUGGAAUAUGGCCGAAACCCAGUUAUCAAAAGUAACGAAGCGAAGUUAGAUGAACCAGUACAAGAUGGAGGUGAAAGGAUGUCAGACGCUGUUUGAUUGAUGUCCACACAGACUUUUGGUCUGUACAUACUCAGAUGGAAAUCAAUAGCUCCACUCAGCCGAAGGAAUUUGCCUUUUAAGAAUUGUAAUUGUGUGUGGCUAGCGCAAUAGGUCUGCCUGCGAGCGAAACGCUGCUCUGCUGGACUGCAGAUAAGGAGAAAAUAACAUUAUGUCAGCGUGUGCCAUAUUUAUCACAACCACAGACUGCUCUUUUUUAAACGAGUGACAGUGUGGCCAUUGAUCCGUGUCCAAAGCUCGUGUUCUUUGUUCAUCUAUUUGCUCAACUGGUGUGCCGUCUCUCCUUCACAGUUUCAGGGCAUCUGCGGGUCCUUAAAAAGUCUUAAAUUUGCUUUUCCAAAUUUAAGGCCUUAAAAAUCCUUAAAAAUGACAAAUAAUCCUUAAAUACAGUUUCCAAAGGUCUUAAAUUACCAAAGACCCAAUAAACAAGAUUAUUUUAUUUCUAUAAAAUUUUCGUGAAUUUCUAGUGUUCAGCAAGUUUUGUGUACGAUGUUGGCGUAAGCGGAACCGUACACAUUCAGUUGGUUGUGAAAGGGGCUAUUUUUAGAUGAGCACGCUAGUGGGAGUUUGCGCCAUGGGGAAGUGCAACAUUAAUGGUAACUGGAUGGCUAAUCCCACGUUGGUGACAUGGUUAGCACCGGUUCCAGGCAAUAGCUGGAAACUAUAGCUUAAAUUUAAUUUUAAAAAUUUGCUUAAAUUUGGUCCAAGUGGCCUUAAAAAGGUCUUAAAGUCUUAAAUUUGGCUCCCUUAAACCUGCAGAUACCCUGAGUUUUCACAUUAACAUGCAGAGAUUCAGUACAGUGUCGAUGGCUUUGUUACAGCUUUAAAGAGUUAUCCAAGAAAGUAAUAAUUUGCAUCAAAUUUUAUUUGUAUACAACAUGUACUUGUUUGAUAUUAGUAUAUUUCAGGUGUUUUCUACAGAGGCUAUAACAAUUAAAAAUAUAUGAUAUUUUUGAUAUUA